GAAUUUAUUAGGAAUCUUUUAAUCAUUUGUGUCGCCCAAACUAAAGUUCGGCCUUGGUUAGCGGUUUUUGGAUAAAAAUUUUAACAAAAUGGCAUGUUUGAUCAUUUUUACAAAAUACAGGAGCAUGUUUGAUAUAAAAAAUAAUAGAGAGACAUGUUUGAUAAAACGUCAUAAUAGAGGGGCAUAUUAUACCUAUAACCGAAGUCAUUACAUAAUCUCCAAUCCACACUUUGACUUGUAUUCCUCCUCACUCCAUCCCCAUUCCAAUCAAUCCUCCAAUUCAUGCUCUGACGCUGGAUCUUGCCGCCCGGCCUACUUUCGGCCCAUGAAAUUGAAAUGUCUUCCAUCUCAUCAUCCCGCCGCCAAGUUAUGCAAAAUUCCCCUUGUCCCCUUGAUGCUGCUACUGCUGCUACUGGCCUACUACUACUAUGCUUUCAGGCAUCUGGGUGUGGAUCCGUGGCCUUGAUCUUGGCUGCUUUCGAUAAUGACGGUUUCUUCUGCGCCAUAGAUGCAAGUGGGAAGCAAGAUGUAAGAUGUUAUCUAGAAUUUGGUCAGCCAUCUCAAGCCCAAGGAGAAGGGAAAUCGUGGUCGUGAAAUUACAUAGCGGCAAUAACAGCAAGCUACUCGAGGAAAAAGGUUCCGAACCCGGCAAUGAUCCCGACAAUGAUGGCUAGCUUCUUUGUUUUCGUCGUCAGCUCCUUGAAAUCGAAAGCGAUUAAGUCAUUGUUGAAGUUGGUGCUUCCUCAAUCCUCCGUCGAUCUUCCCCAUAGCUCAACCUUGAGGCUUCAACGAUGUAAGAUGUUAUCUUCCCCAUAGCUCAACCUUGUAGGUUAAAUCCAAGGUUGUCAACCCGCGGUUUGACCCACUUUGACCCUGACCCGGUGAGAAAAACGGGCCGCACGCAUCCGUCGGGGCGACCGCCACAAGGUACUGGGUUGGAGGUCAAAUUGUGUCUUUUUUUUCUUUGUUUUGCGAAAUGUGCCUAUUUUCCGAUUUUUCUUUUCGCCUUACUCAAUCUUUGGAAUCCUAAGUUGAACAUUCGAAUAUUAAUGUUAUAUAAGUGUGUGUGAAUUUUCACUAUAUGUUGAAUCUAAGUACGAAAUGUUAUUUUGGUGUAAUAUUAUAAUAUGUUAUAACUCAUAUGUUAGAUUAGAUUUGAUAUAAUUUAUCAGGAUAAGUACAAUAUAAUGACGGUUUCCAU